AUGUUCAGCUCGUCGUCAAAAUUACAAAGACGAGCAAAUGACAAAAUGGGGAAAAAAUCGCAGCUGUUCCACGCUACGGAUUUUGAAUCAUUGAUGUAUCCUUCCUUCACAUUUUGCUACAUUCUUGGAAUAUUUCCAUAUAAAAUCAAUUCUUUGGUCUUCGAAACGUCCACACCUCGCUAUAUUCUUUCAACCAUCAUUAUCUGUGUUUGUUUAAUUUCUUUAUUAUACAUUCUCUAUAUCAUCGACAUUUCUGGAAGUGAGUACGAAGACGUCCCCAGAAUUCUCGAUCGUAAUUGCUUCUACAUACUCAGUAGUUUUAUAGCGAUUGUCACGUAUAUUUUGAGUGGACCUCGAAUGCGUUUGCUUCAAACCUUAAAAAAGAUUUCUUUAAAAUUGCCUUCGGAAUCAUAUCAGAAAUUAUCCAAAUUUAUCCACGCCAAGGACGUCUUGGGUUUCUUUUUUCUUCUCAUGGAAGUACCAAUAUAUUUCAAUUUAAAUAUUCAUAUUCUAAUGAAGAUUUUUGUAAUAUACGUUACCCAGAUGAUGUUUCAUAUGGAUAUGUUGUACAUGAAUUGUGUUUGUAUAAUAAAGGCCUGUUUUAAGAGAAUCAAUGAUAAUCUAGAGAACAUGCGGGAGUAUACGAUGGAUAAUGAAGUACAUCAUCUUGGCAGGAUGUGCUAUAAAAAAAGAAGUUCGUUUUUGUUAAUCCAAGUAAAGGAAUUGAGAAAACAGCAUAUGAUGAUUAGUAACACAGUGCAGAUGCUGAACAUGAUUUUCAGUUUGCAGCUCCUCGCUACUAUAAUUAUGACUUUUAUCCAGAUCACUUUCGAACUUUAUUUUUAUAUAUUGUAUUGGCAAAGAAACAUAGUCAUGUUAAAAGUAAAUAAUUUUUAUAGCUUAUUUUUGAAGAUGUCUAUAAUAUAUUAUUCUAUAAAAAUAAUGUUGAUGGUGUGGGCUUGUGAGACUGGUAAAAAUCAGGCUCAGCAGAUUGGUAUCACUGUUCAUGACAUACUAAACAGUGUCAAUGAUAAAAAAAUCAAAAGCGAGUUACAGUUGUUUUCCUUGCAAAUUAUGCAUUGCGAUAAUACGUUCUCCGCGAAAGGCCUUACUAUGGACGCAAAACUCCUUACUGCGAUAGUGGGUAACAUCGGCACGUAUUUAUUAAUCUUGAUGCAAUUUUUGAACAUGAAGUAUUAUUGCGAUGAAGAAAUUACCACAAAUACUACACACGCAUAA